CUUCCCUUAUAUAAAUGCACCGGCUCCGGCACUGCAAGUCUGCAGCGGCCACAGAUACCACGACGCAAGCGCAACGCACAGAAGCACGCAUCCAUGGCUGCCACCAUGAAGCUCUCGCUCACCUUCGUCCUCCUCCUCUCCGGGCUCGUGGUGUUCGGGGACGUGGGUGACGCUGCGCCGACCUGCGACAUCAUCCGGUGCAUCCAGGGAGGGAACAUCACCUGUGCCAACCGCCCCGGCAAGGUGUUCGAAGGGUGCGCCUGCGUCUGCGCGCCAGAGGACGGCAAGGGCUGCGUGCUCCACCUCGACGACGGCACCAGUCAGAAGUGCACCAAGACGAGUGGCUGAAAUCAUGAAAUCUCAUUAGAUAGACUACGCCGCGUUCCUCUUGUUCGUCGUCGGCGCCCUGGGGUUUGAGUAGAAUAAAUCUGCAGCAAGUUUGUCUUCCAAUAAUGAUUAAUAACGAACUCAACGCAAGUUUGUGUGUA